UUUAUAAUAUAUUAAUAUAAUGAGUUGGUUCACUUUGAUACAUCUAUAACUGCAUCGAUAUCUGUGCCAAAUAUAUUUAAAGGCAUAUUAAGCUGUUUGCUUACUCUGCACAGUGUAUAAUAACAAUAAACCCCUUGAGAAACCGAAGCUGCUCUCCUUAAUAACAAUGCAUUUAAUGAAUGUGGUGCUGUUUGGACUCGAAGCGCAAUGACGUCUCCAGACCCGAAGGUGGCGAACUCGAUCCGGGGGCGGCGUCCUCGGCGGCUUGUCCCUUCCCAGCUGCCGUAAGCAGAUAUUCAAGCGGAGCAGCAGACAGGUGGCGGACCCGUGUGUGAGCCAUGUGUUCCCUAUCGCUGUUUCCUCCCCCGCUGCCCGCCGGACACGUCACUCUGUACGAAUCCAACAACGAGCUGGUGUCCGGGACAAGCCUGGACAACUACCAGAGACAGGAGUGGGACCCCCCUUCCCUGCUGAUCCCCAAGGAGUCCCUCAAGCCGCACAGCCGCCUGGAGAGCAGCAGCAAGGCAGCCUUCAUCCACCAGCAGGAGACCCUGUGGAUGAGGAGCGCCAACGCCUGGCGUGACGCCGGGCUGUCCGGCUUGCUGGAUGAGAUCGCCAACUCUGCGGAUGAAGUUCCCAGGUGUAUGAAGGUGGCCGCGUGCUGCUCCCUCGCCAUCCUUCGCUGGGUAUCCUCAUUCCACGGCUCCCUGUUCCCGCACCUCACUCUCAGCACUGAGGACAUGGUGUCUGAAUUCUCCCAAGCUGCAGACUGGGCUGGCUGCUCCGUGCGUGCCGUGGCCUGGCACCCUCACACGGACAAGUUCGCUGUGGCUUUGCUGGACGACUCUGUCCGAGUACACAACGCCAGGAGCUCCACAGCCCCCACUCUGAAGCACCGUCUCCAGAAGAACGUCUCGGCGCUGGCCUGGAAGCCGCUGUGUGCCUCGGCGCUGGCGGUGGCGUGUCAGAACUGCGUGCUGGUGUGGCACGUCGACCCGUCCUCCCUCUCCACGCGGCCCUCCUCCGGCUGUGCCCAGGUACUGUCCCAGCCAGGCCACUCUCCGGUCACCUCACUCGCCUGGUCACCCAGCGGAGCGAUCCUGCUCUCCGCAUCGCCCGUGGACACUGCCAUGAUGGUGUGGGACGUGGCUGGGGAGAGCUGUGUUCCCCUGCAGCGUGUGGGAGGCGGGGGCGUCACGUUCCUCUCCUGGGCCCCCGAUGGAAGCAGGGUGCUGGCAGCCACUCCGUCAGCCCUCUUCAGGGUGUGGGAGACCGUCACGUGGACGUGUGAGAGGUGGCCCACGCUGACAGGACGCUGCCAGACUGGCUGCUGGAGUCCCGAUGGGAGUCGCCUGCUGUUUUCUGUAAAGGGGGAUUCUGUGAUCUAUGCGCUGUCCUUCGCCAACACGCCCGGUAAGCACACAGCUCUCUCCUCUCCUCCCUCUCCUCUCUGUGCACUGUCCUUCAGCAACACGCCCGGUAAGCACACAGCUCUCUCCUCCUCCUCCUCCUCCCUCUCCUCUCUGUGCACUGUCCUUCACCAACACGCCCGGUAAGCACACAGCUCUCUC